AGGUGUCAUGCCUGCAAUCAAUGCACCAAGACCUUCCCAGACUCCGUUUCUCUCAAGGCCCAUAAGCAGAAACACGAAAUGGGUAGAGGGUUGAGCACAGAGUCAGGGUCUGGACCUCAAUACUCGCGCACCCAGUGCGGUAAGACCUUCACCCAGGCCUGCAACCUCAAGGUCCACCAGCGGGUCCACCAGGCAGAGGGACUCCACCUCUGCAGCCACUGCGGCAAGGGCUUCACCUCCUUCUCCGACCUGAAGAGGCACAAGUGCAGCCAGACCACAGACAAGCCCUACUGCUGCUCCAUCUGUGGGAACAAGUUCAAUCGGCUCUGGAACCUCAAGCUGCAUCAGCGCAUUCACACACAGGAGAAACCUCACCGCUGCACUAUGUGUGACAAGCGCUUCACACGGGCAGACAAUUUGAAGGUGCACCAGCGUAUCCACACUGGGGAGAGACCGUACUGCUGCGCUGUAUGUGGACUCCGCUUCAAACAACUGGACCAUCUGAAGUCACACCAGCGCAAACACAGACCGGAUCUCUUGAAAUGAAUUUGUUUUAAAAAUAUAUACAGUACCAAUCAAAAGUCUGGACAUGCCUACUCAUUCAAGUGUUUUAUUUAUUUAGACUAUUUUCUACAUUGUAGAAUUAUAGUGAAGACAUCAACUAUGAAAUAACA